AUGUCGAGUGCUUUGCGACGAUUAAAUAGAUCUAUAGCCUCGAAGCAGCCCGAACAAAGUAGUGUGUCCAUGCCUAGUUACGACACUGCCAGCAGUGCGGUGACUACUGUUUCCACCAUGCUAGCCGGCAAGUGCUGUUUCCGUAACAGCUCGCCAUCCCAGCUAGAACAUAGGUGUCAGCUUUUCAAAGUGAUUUUAUGCUACAUGAUUCCGAUUUUCAUAUUCAUCGUGUACAGCUGCUUUCAGUUAUCGGAGCGUCUCACUUUGCAGCAAGAACUCACAUUUGUUAAAGAACACAUGGGAAAAAGCACGAAAACUAGGCAGCUCGUGGCCAAUGUUCAGAUAGAAAGGGGUCUGACAGUCAUGUACCUGUAUAGUCGUGAAGAUAAUGUAUACGAACUUUUGCAAGACAUUUAUAACCGAACUGACGCCAUUGUGUUGUCCGACAACGGUGCGAACGAGGUAAGUCGGCAUCAUAUAUGGGCGAACCUUACAGAGUUCAGGCAAGAUGUAUUGGUUACAAAUGUAACCACGUAUGACGUUCUAAAUUUUUAUACUUAUAGUAUUAAUGAGAAUUUUGGGACGAUAUUUGGGAGAAUCUUCGAAAAUAUGGUUUUCAUAUCAAACUUUUGGACGCGAGUUGCAUUCUACUGGUACGGUCUGUUGUCAACUGAUUCAUAUGGUAUACAGCGAGCGCUGGGAAGCGCAUAUUUCUUACAAGGACACAUUUUGUCUACCGAGGAAUUUAUGUAUUUUCAUGAUAAUUACUUCCGCGGGCAAGAACAAUUUGAAACUGCUCAGAGUCUCCACGCCACCCUAGGCAUGGAAGCAACAAUGUCGGCGUCUUGGAAUAUAAGCAGUAUUGUACGUCAAAAGAUUGCAAACCGGGAACCUAUAAGUGGAACAUUAAAUGAAAAUAUGUGGUUCGAAAAUAUGUCCAUUGUCAUUUCACAUAUUUUUAGCACCGUUGAAGAAGAAUCAAAUAAUGUUAUAAACAUUCUAGAUGCAAACAUUGAGACGGCAGAAUUAUCAAUUAUUGUAAUCAGUUCACUUAUCUGCAUCAUGCUAAUUCUGACAGUGGUACUGGUAGCCGUGGUCAAUUCGUCAAUGAAAGAAAUACAGGGACUACUAUCCUUGUUACGACGACAGUCUAGAGUACUGAACAAAGAGAAGAAACGAACAGACAUGUUAUUAAACUCUAUGCUACCGAGAGCAGUUAGCGAAGAACUCAAACGCACCGGGAGAGUUGCUGCCGAAACAUUUGAUGAUUGUUCCAUUUAUUUCUCUGACAUCGUGGGAUUCACUACUAUUUGUUCAACCCUGAAUCCGAUGGAAGUUGUCGCAAUGUUGAAUGCCCUGUAUUCUUUGUUUGAUGCGCGUAUUGCAAUAUAUGACUGUUACAAAGUGGAAACAAUCGGCGAUGCAUACAUGGUGACUUCGGGAGUUCCUGUACCUAAUGGUAAUAAACACGUCUCAGAAAUUGCUUCAUUGGCACUAGAUCUGCAGACACAGGUGUCCAUGCUAUCAGUUCCACAUAAACCACAGGAGAAAAUGAAAAUGCGAAUCGGAAUUCAUUCAGGUUCUUGUGUGGCUGGCGUAGUAGGGACAACCAUGCCUAGGUAUUGCAUGCUGGGAAUUACCGUCAGCAUAGCGUCUAAAAUGGAAUCACACGGGCAAGCCGGGAAGAUUCACGUUAGUCAAGAGGCCUACAGAAGGCUGAACGACUUUGGUGGUUUUGAACUUGAGGAAAGGGGAAUAAUAGACGUGAAGGAUGCAGGACUUAUGAAAACGUACUGGCUGUUACGUAAAAAGGGAAUAUCAUCCAAGCACCUAAACACACUCAGCGUUGCGUGA